CCCCGCUGGCCGCUCGCUCCGCAGGCGCCGUGCGAGCCUCCAGCAUCUUCCCCAUCCUCAGCGUGGGCCUGCUCUUCUUCGGGGGCCUCUGCGUGGCGGCCAGCGAGUUCUACAAGAGCAAGCACAACGUCAUCCUGAGCGCCGGCAUCUUCUUCGUGUCCGCAGGUCUCAGCAACAUCAUCGGCAUCAUCGUCUACAUCUCGGCAAACGCCGGGGACCCAGGACAGAGCGACUCCAAGAAGAGCUACUCCUACGGCUGGUCCUUCUACUUCGGCGCCCUGUCCUUCAUCAUUGCCGAGAUGGUGGGCGUCAUCGCCGUGCACAUGUACAUCGAGAAGCACCGGCAGCUCCGCGCCCGGUCCCACGCGGAGCUGCUCAAGAGGUCGGCGUUCACGCGCCUGCCCCCGUACCGGUACCGCUUCCGCCGGCGCUCCAGCUCCCGCUCCACCGAGCCGCGCUCCCGGGACAUGUCGCCCGUGAGCAAAGCGUUCAGCACCAUCCCGUCCACCGACAUCUCCAUGUUCACCCUGUCCAGGGACCCCUCCAAGGUCACCAUGGGGACGCUGCUCAACUCGGAGCGGGACCACAGUUUUUUACAGGUCCACAACUCCAUCCCCAAAGAGUUCAAGGAGUCUUUUCACAACAACCCGGCCAACAGACGAACGACGCCGGUGUGAGCGGGGCCGUGGGCAGCGCUCCGUGCCGGGCUGCAUGACGUGCUCCUCGUGACGGUGUAACCAGUGAGACCCGCUGCUACGGACAACCCUGAGGCUCCCCGCCCC